CCCGCCCGCCCACCCGCGCAUCCUUCCCCUGCCUCUCAGCAGCUCCCACCCCCCCGGGCCGCGCUGGGGGCAGGGAGGGCUGUCGGGACCGCGCAGCCACGCCCUCCUCUGGUACAGGACCAGCUGGUGCCAAUAUCAGCUCGGCUGCGGUUGGCUCCGGAGGCUGCGCACUGUGCGGGGACUGCGGUACCGGCUGUGGCGGCGGCGGCGGGCAGAAGCUGCAGAUGCCGAGAGAAUGACUAGGGCAGCGGUGCUGCGGCAGCCGCGAGGCAGCCCCGGGCGCCGGCGGAUCGAGUCCCUCCGCGGGCUGCUGCUGCUGCACUUGCUGCUCCUGGCCCCGCGGUCGGAAGCCUCGGAUCCGCAGGUUCCGCUGCUGCUGUGGUCCAGCUCCCCGGGCUUGCGGGCCUCGGUGGAAAACCCGUAUGAAGGCCACAUCUACACCCGUCCUGAGCUUUACACCUGCCUGGACCCCAUCCUGGAGAAGGGCCCGCGGACCGUCCUGCUGAUCCUGCAGGAAAAGCUGAGGCUGGAGGAUUUCACUGCUUUCGGUGAGGGGCUGGGCGACAAGCCGGGAAGUCCUUUCCCCAACCUGCAGGAAAUCCUGGAAAAGGCCCCCUCCUCCCUGGUGCUGCCUUCCGUGGGCUGGUCCGCAGCGGCCACCUUGACCUCCUACCUGACCCAGAAGUUGGGUACGGGGCCUCUCCAUGUUGACCAGGCGUCCCUAAGAGAGCUGAAGCUGAACACCACCCAGCCUGUCCUGCUGCUGGUGUACAUACCCUCAGGGGCCAGCAGCGACCCGGGGGCUCACAAGGAAGCCCUGGCUAGUCAAGAUAAGAUCCUUGGGCAGGUGCUGAGCAGGCUCCAAGCAGAAGGGAAACCUUACACAGCCGUGCUCACGGCCCUCCGGCCCUCCAGGGCAGCCCGAGAUCUGUCCCUUGUGUCCAGGGGACUGGGGCAGCAUCUUCUCGGGGAGGGCCAAGAGUAUAAAAGCCAGCCAGCCUGGCCAGCAGCCCUGCCUCCAGUGAGCUACAGCGACACGGAGCCUCGCAUCCUGUUCUGGGCCAGGCAUUUCUCGGUGAGUUAUGACAGCCAGACCCAAGACCUCACAUCGCUCACCUUUGGCGCCCCAGAGCUCAACUUGACUGGCUCCAGCUGGAACGACUCCACGGCCCAGCUUGUGAUGACCUACAACAAUCUCUUUGGGCCCUUCCUGAGGCUGAGGUUCAGUAUGAUCAAUCACUUCUACCCAGGGUCCCACCGGAGCUGGUUCACCAUGGAGGGGCUGGAGAUCAAGACCCACAACUCCACCGCCUUCUUCAGUUCUGUGCAGGUCAUUGCCCCCAGCACCUACUCCUACCACUGCCAGUAUGUAAGCAGUGACCCCACCAAAUGGGGCCUUCUGAUGCCUCACGAUAUUCGCUCCCCCUGGAGUGUAACACUCCAGGAUUUCCAGAUCCAGGCUUUCAACCUGUCUGGUGGCAGCUUUUCAGGGGCCAGUGAUUGUGCAGCCUUCUUCUCUCCUGCUAUCUGGAUGGGGCUGGUCUCUUCCCUCUUCAUGCUUUUUUGCAUUACCUUUGGGGUACAUAUCAUCUUUAAACUCAAGUCCCUAAACCGUUUUGAUGAAUACAAAGGGGACCCCCUCUUUGAGCCCCUUAUGGACUGAUACCAUAGAAAGAUUGUAGAUCUAAUUGUGCGUCUAUUUUCCUGGUUCCCUAAUCUUUUCAGUAUCUAUGGCUCCCCCGUGUGUUAUCCUGCCUAACUUCUCCCCUCUCCCAUCUAAUUUAACAAGCAUUUAUGAGGUGCUUCCUCUAUGCUCGGUGCUGGGGAUGUGAGAACAAAAAUGAAGGAGAUUCUGCUCGCAAGGAGUGAGAGUUGUUUUGUUGCCUACGCAUUUGGGAAGCAGCUGUAAAUAGUUUAGAGAUCUAGAGCUGAGAAGGAUCUUACAGGCCAUCUAAUCUGACUCUCAUUUCACAAGUGAGAAAAUAGACUCAAAGGAAUUAGGUGGUAACUAGUAAUAUACUUAGUAAGCGAAAGAGCAAAGUAGAAUGGGAACCCCUGACCUCCAGCUCCGAUUUACUAAUUUUCCACUGCACCAUUUUGGCUUCAAUCUGCCUUUCCUUCCCAAGGAAGGAAUUACUAUUAAUACUAACAGUAUUCCCAUAACAAAUAUCCCUCAGAGGAAAUCUGGGAGGCCAAAAAAAAAAAAAAUGUAUAAGAGAGCUUGGCUCUGAGUCUUGGGAAUAACUUUAAUGAAUCCUUGCAAUGAAUUAUAGAGAAAGUACUAAUUAAUACCCUCUUCCAAUCUCCAUAACCAAAUCUAGAUGCAAUAAGUACUUUUUUAUUAGUUUUAUAAAGAGAAAUUCCUCAUUUAGAAGGCAGGGAUUGGAGGUAUUGAAAUCUAUUUUGUAUUGAAAGCUAUUGAAAUCCCUUUGCCCUCUAUGCUGGCUGUCUGCUCUUAUACCUUUCCUCCCAAUCAAUGCCUCCCAUUAGGAGGUAAUAGGUUUCCUUUUCUUAAGAUUAAGAAGCAAAGGCUGGAUUACCACUUGUUGGUUACAGUAUCAGGAAGAUAAUUAUUCAAGGUAUGGAUUUAAACAGAUGAUUUCUCAAUUCUAAGAUCUUGUGAUACUAUCAAGAAGGGUUAUACUAGAGCAGAUAUUGUCUGCCUGCAUGUGAGAGAUUUGUGAGCCUGCUUCUGACUAUAUGGGACUCAUGAAUAAGCUCCUUGCAUGAUGGCUUCUUUCCAUAGGACGUGUAUUUAAUCUUGUAUGGACUGAUUUAUAUAUUUGGUCCCAUGAGGAUUGAUAUUCUUUUCCAUCCCCAGCUUUUAGUAUAGUGGUCUGUAAAUAGUAGUGGGGGGGUGUUAAUAUAUACUUUUUCAUUAGAUUCCCCUUCUUAUCUCCUGAGCCAUAAGAGCUCAGGAGAGUCAGGGAGACACAAAGGGCUUUCUUCCUUCCUGGCUGUGAAUCUCACAGAGUGAUUCCAGUUGGGCCCCCAGUGUCAGAUGAGAAAAGGGUACAAAUGCCCUUUCUCACCUGGCCCCCAUGCGGUCGUGAUGUGGCCGCCCUUAUAUUUGGUGUUUGUUCUUAUAUAACCUUUGAUGAGUGAAUAUUCCCUGGUGCAUGCGUCCAGGACUGAGUGUGCUUGUGAAUUCCCAAAGUCUGAAGAUCACCAGAGGCAUGUGAGUGUGGCUUUCUUUCACAAAGCAGUUCAUCACCUAGGAAACUUUUGCAUCAGAGAAUAUGGACAAAGAGAAUAUGGACCAAAGGUGUGGUGCAACCCUGGCAACUAUGGGCUAGGAAUGUCUGGAAAGUGUGGGGUUCUUUGAAACAUAAGACACUGGUAUAUCGAUUUUUAGCACAAAAUACUUUCUGUUCUGCUGAAACUUAAAUGUUGGUCUCUUAACAGUGCAACCAAGUUAUGACAAAUCCUGUAAUUCCUUUUAAAUAUAUUCUGUGACUGUGUUGUGAUUCAUGUUCAGCAAUUCUUUCAGUGUAGGAAUAAACUGUUUCAUACCUGAUCAUUGUUUUUACAUUGAGUAUUAUUGUUUACCUCCUUCGUCUUGGUAUUUGCACGUCAUAAACAGGCUGCCCCUGUAAAGGUAUUGAGGGUUGGGAAAGGGAACAUAGUCUAACUAUCUCGGGGAGAGCAACAAACAGUAUCCCAAUACCGCGCAGGAUUUAAAUCCAACAACUAGUGACUAGAGAGGAAAUAUAAAAAAUUCCUUCCAUUGAUUGAAAGUUAAGGCACUACGUCACCUCUUAGAGAGGGGAGGAGGGAGGCGAGAAGUCCCACCUCUUGGUGACGUCAUGGGGCGGGACAUUCUCUCUAAGCCGCCGAUCCUCCCGCAUCCCUAAAUGGCCGAUUUCAGCAUCUCUCCAGCGGUCUGGGAGGGAGAGGAGUUGUGACGUAGGGCUGUUACUGGGCAGAAGAACUCUCCAGGAAGCCCAACGCGGCAAGGCCCGCCUUGGAUCCUCCUCGGUAAGCAGCCGCCCUCUCCACGACCUCUCUCUGGACCUCUAAGGAACUCCAUUCCCUGCCCAGUCCUGGCAAGGCCAACAUGCACAAACUGACGGUUGGUGAUGUUCCCCAGGCCUGGGGAACCUGGAGAACCUUGGGAAAGGCUACAUCUGUAGCCCAGGUUUGAGAAGAGCCCCCAGACUCAGUUUCCCUUCCUGCAGGACAUGCUGAGCCUUGACUGUUUCCCUGCCUAUGGCCAGCUCUUUGUCAGCAAAGCAGACAGGGCUGCCUCCCAAAUGGAGAGUGCCCAAGACUCCUCGCUGGAGCCUGCUGUGGGCCGGUCUGCAGCUGCCACCUUGACCUCUUAGCUGACCCAGAAGUGGGGAGCCAGCCCUCCCCAUGUGGAACAGAGCCCCUUGGAGGAGCUGGGGCUGAACAGCCCUACUCUGCCAAGCUGCUGAGGAGAGGGAGCCAGCCCCUCUUGGGGGGCCCUCCCCACCCUCCCCUCUCCAGACCAGCAGUGUCUCAGAGACAUCCCAAGACACAAGAUGCCUGGGCUCCAGUCAGAAAAAACAGCUUCUCCAGCCACUCCUUACCGGGCAGCCCUUAGGAUGGCCUGGGUGGAUCUCUUGGCAGGGCAUCUGGAGGGGCAGCUGCUGGGUCAGCCUGGCCAUAGCCACCACUACCAGCAGCAGCACAAGUGACUUACAGGGACAUGGAGCUGGGUCUGUCCAGAUCCAGCCAGGCCUUCCCUGUGACCUAGAACAAGCAGAGAAGGGGCCUGCCUGCCCCCUGACCUGGGGAGUUCCAGAACCCAUCUGACUGGCACCAGCUGGAAAGACUCCAUGGCUCAUCAGAGCCCCUCCUCAGCCUCUUCCUGAAACUCCAUCUGGCCAUUCACCUUCUAGUCCGGAUCAAACUGGGCUGGGUUCACAGAGGCUGCAAAAUGAUGUUAUUUUCUGACUGGAGUCCAACAGUCAGGAGUGGAAGGGGCUGGAUUCCAGGGCACUGGCCCCUAGACAGGAAGGAAGGGGCUGGGGGGAAGAGCUGUUGAGUGACAUGACCCUGAUUUGUGUCCCCAGGAACUGAAAGGCCAGCCACCUUCUCAUCUCUUCCUUUGUUUCCUGAUGUGUCUUAUUAGCACCUGACAAAAGACAAGACACCUAAAAAAAAUCCAUGGGUCAGAGCCUCUUUGAGGCUUAGCUAAGGCAGGCUUGGGGGGAGUUUUAGGUGCGAUGCUUGCUCUUCAGAUGGGGGAGUUCUCGAGGCUGCAGGGACCAAGCUAGCUUAGGUGGCAGCAGAAACCUUCCUGUCUGCCAUCCCAAAUGGAUGUUGCUGCCUCCCACCAGGCUGCAGGAUCCUGGUCAAGAACAUGCAGGUGUGGGGAGAGAGUUUAGAACAUGGUCCUUAAUUCCCUUCCACAGCUGAGACUCUUUGGUUCUGCCCUUCCUAAUUGUGUGUCAUGAAUCUUUCUUGUAAGGGGUGGACAAGUGUUGUCUGCCUCAUGGGAGGUCCUCAUGGGACCUUGAAGGACCUGCUUCUGGACCCUAGAGCUCCUGGAUGAGGCCCUGACAGUGUGUAUAUGAGCACCUUCUCUGUGGUCCUCUUGGUUCUUACAGAUCUGUAAGUGUGGUCGACUGCAGGGACUGUUUCUCCUUUUUCCCCCAAGGCCCAGAAUAUUCCCCAAGGGAUGGCCUGUUAGUUUGUGUUUCCCCAGUGACUAGAAGGACAGACUUGGGUUCAGAGACCUGACUCCAACCCCUGCCUCAGGCAGACACUAGCUGUGUGACCUUAAGUCUUAAUCACCUCUGCUUGCUCAUCUGUCACCUGGGCAGAAGGCUAGCUGCCCCCCCCAGGGAGGUUGUGGGGUUCAGGUGACAUACCCCAUGCAUAUUGCUUUGCCUUGCUGCUGCUGCUGUGUAAAUACUAGUUACCCUUAUGGUCUUAACUGUUGUUUGACAGAAAUCUCCUCAGUUCUCUCCUGGGCCAGAGGAGCUCAGUGAACGCAGAUACCUCAAAAGAUUUUUUUUUCCUUGUCCCUCAGAAUCAUCUAGACUAGUUCCAGAUGGAUCCCCAGGAGUGGGAGAGAGAAGGGGCAGUAGCCCCUUUUCCUGCCUGGCCUUCCCUGGCUGUGGCAUCAUGGUCCCCCUGCUGUUAUUGUGUCUGACCCUUCCUGGUCUUCUCCCCCAGAAGCCCUGCUGGAUUUGUGAAGGCCUGACAGUGAGUGGGAUAGCUGUCCUGGCUCAGCUGAGUCAGGGCAAGAUUCUGUGUCAGGCCUGGAUGACCACAUGGGGCAUAUUGUCCGUGGUCCCCACAUAGGGGAUUUUGGUCUUAUUUGGUGUCCCCUUUGUCUCCUGCCCAGGACUGCAGUUCUGUCUGCCAGGAGGAUUUCUCUCACUGUCUCCUCCUUCUAUAUAUAAGGAAGUCUGCCCCUCACUGUAUCACCUCGCUUCUAUGUAAUACAAUUCAAAAAGGCUUUAUUCAGGCCUCCUCUGGGUCCAGUGUUAGGGACAGAAAAAUACUUUGAAAAGUCCUCUCUUACCCAACGAGCUAGGAGCAGUUAUUUCUCCACUCCUCAUCCACAUGGGAGAUUUUGAGCAGGACAAGACCCUAGUGGCAAGCUCUAUGAUCUGAUUCCUUCAUUGCAUGCUCAUGGAAACUGAGGCCCCAUAUGGUUAGGCACUUUUUCCAAGGAGAAACAGGCUCAGGAAAUCUUUGAUUGAUUGGUCCCUGUCUUCUGAUUCCAAAUGGAAAUUUUAUUCUGUGCUGGAGAAGUGGUCUCUCCUGGGGAAGCUGAAGGUCAGUGUGAUAGAGCUUAGCUUUAGGUCACUGGGACAUUCAGUGGUAGCCCAUUCCUGCUGCAGGAAUCCCAGAAGUGUCUGCUGACCCUCAGAGAAUGGGCAAGAACUGUUCCCUUUUCCAUUCUAGACAACUGGGGAUGUAGAGGGGUGUCUGGGCAAUCCAUCAAUGGAGAAAAAUCCUGUUUUGAGGGAAAGGCCUGCUCUCCUUCCCACACCCUGUCUCUCUUCCUGUUAUCUUCCUCAUCUACCACCUGUCCAAAUCUCUCUGCCCUUGGAGUGCUUGACCCAAAGCCCCAAGAACCCUGCUGUCCCUUGUUCUUCCAGCAUUGUCAUGAUUGCCUUCUGACAGGAUACAGGCUGCUUAGAGGGAGCAUGGGUUAGAUGCUUUGAGAGGGAGUGUGGGUGUGUGUGGGUGUGUGUGGGUGUGGUAAAUGGGUACUUUCCAUUAACCAUGUAUUUUAUUUCUGUGUACUGAGGUGUCUAUAUGAUGAUCCUCAAGGGGGGGAGGGGUUAAUUUUUUUUUUUUUUUAUGUCCUCACUAGCAGCAAGUUUAAAGCUGGGAGGGUUUAAUCACUUUUGUAAUCGCUUGUUAAUUGUUUAAGAUUCUUUUAAUUGUCUGCUGAAACAAGAGUUCAGUAGAAUUAGUCAGUACAAAAAGGGCUACUUUCCUUCCCCACGGUGAAUCCUGUAAAGUGGUUCCAGGUGGGUCCCCAGAGUUGGGUGGGAAGGGGGACGAUUGUCCUCUCUCCCACCUGGCCUCCAUAUGGCCACGAGGCCAUCCCUAAAGAGUGAGUGUGUGUGUGUGUGAGCAGCAUGUUUGGCACCUCUGAGUGGGUCCGGGUGGAUGGUCCUGAGGCAUGUAUGGGUGUUAUGUGUGGGUUGCGUUUCUGUGGUUGGGUGUGUAUCCUUUAUUAAUAGUAAGUAAAUGUGUAUCCGGGUCUCCAGCAAUUGGCUGGGUUUCUAGAUUGUAAAAGCUGUCCAUGUUAGGAGAGGUCUGUGGAUGGGCACCUGGCUUUUCCACAGUGUUGUCUGGAAAGCUGCUUUCAGUAGCGAAUGCCCACCCUCCUACCAGGAGGGCUCAGACAGGGCCCAGCCUAGGAGGCCGUCUCCCUUUGCAAGUGGCUCGCCCCGGACAUCUCCCAGCAUUGUCCCUCUCGUGAUUCUGUAAGUCAACGCAGUGUCCAGACCUCUUCUCCGAGCCGGAAUAAAGGACUUAUUCUGGACCCUA